AUGAUUAGUAAUAAUAAUAAUAAUAGUAGUAGUAGUAGUACAAAUUCCGACAUAAAUAUUAAUCGUUUAUCACAGUCUACUGACUGCUUACAUCAAUCAUCUUAUGUUCAUUUUCAGCCUUUUCGAGUUUCAUAUAGUAUUAUUAAUUUAAAAGAACAAUUUCUUCAUUCAAUACGAUCAAAGCAUAAUGCAAAUACAUAUCAACGUUUUAAUUUUGUAAAAGAUUCAAACUACAAUCGUUUAUCAACAAGAAAAUUCACAGAAAACUAUCAUUUAUUAGAAAGCAAAUUAAUAAAAAAAUUCUUUGAUUCAAAUCAAAAUGUUCUUUCAAAAGAGGUCCUUGAAAAAAUGUGGAAAUCUUCACAAUUUUGUGAUUUAUUACUCAUUGUACAAGGUAGCGAAUAUUUAGCUCAUCGAUUAGUAUUAGCAAUGUCUAGUCAGAAGUUCAAAAAAAUUUUUCAUAAACAUAAAAAUGAUUUUGUUACUCGUGUUCAUCUUCAUCACUCAACGCACAAAUCAUUACAACUUAUUCUCAAUUACCUCUAUACCAAUGAUAUAGUACUCACCAUAUAUAGUAUCGAUGAUAUUUUAACUUGUGCUAAAGAGUUAGAUAUUCGAAAAUUAGCUGAUUUAUGCAUCACUUAUCUUUCGAGAAUUAAUAAACGAACAAUUUUUCAAAUAUUAGAUAUAGCCUGUAAACAUAAUCUCUCCGAAGUUUAUCGCUUAGCACAUAAAUAUCUUAUUCAAUCGAUCGAUGAAUGUAUUCAAACAAAAGAAUUCAUUGAUAUUGCUUAUUGGAUGUUAAAUCAAAUUCUUUCGGAUGUUACCAUUGAAAAACGACAAGAAUCUCUUGUAUUCGAUCGAACUUUACAAUGGUUAUCAUGUAAUCGUGUAUCAAAUGAAGAUCUUAUUUUUGAGCUACUAAAUAAAAUUCGUUGGGAAAAUUUAAGUUAUAUAUCGUUAAAAGAAAUUUUAGCGAUCAACUAUGAAAUAUUACAUAAUCCGAUUGUUGAACAAUGGUUAAUAAAAAAACUAAAUGAUAAAGUCAAUAAUCAAGUAGAAAGUCGACGAGAAAAAGACAGAUCUUCACAACCUAAGUUGUCAUUAUCGAAAAUUCUUAUUAUUGGCGGUGGUUUUCAUUUAGAUAAAACUGAAAUGCAUUUCAUAACAUUCAGGCGAAUUCGUGCGAUUGAAUACUAUGAUCCAAAACCAAACGUAUGGAAACUUGCUAAACAUCUCCGAUCAGGUCGACUUGGUUGCGCUGUAGUAUCAUUUGACAAUAAACUUUUUCCUGUUGGCGGCUAUGAUGAUAUAAAAUCAACGUAA